UUGGGGCCGAAUGAGGUGCAGUGAAGAUGCUGGACGUGAAGGUGUGGCGGGGAGUGGGGGUGGGAGUGGGAGUGCGUGGAGCAUGGUGUGGCGAGUGUGGCGGAGUGUAAUCAAUAUCGCGGCGGGAAGGUCGGUGUAGUUGCAUGAGGAGGGGAGGGGGGAGGGGGAAGGAGGGCCCGCCUCCUCCAGACGCCGCCUGCUAUUGGCCGGGUCCGUCGCCCCCCGCGCGCGGCCUCGGCGCAGCGGAGUCUCGGCCCUGCGGCCAGAGCGCGAAGGACGAGAGUGGCGUGGCGCGCGGGGCGGCGGGGCGUAAUUAAUCCAUGAUGGCGGCGUGAUUGGCUGGGGGCGGGGCGCCGGCCUGACCCGGGCCACCGCGCCGCCUCGCUACAUUUCCCCCUGAAUUUCCGUCGGAAAAGCUGUGCGCGGGUUUUUGCUCGCCGCGUUCCUGCCCCGCCGCCGCCGCCGCCCCGCCACAGGAAAACCCUCAAAUUACCAGUGAUUCCGCCGCUCUCAGCCGCUGCCCCGGUCCGCCCGCACCGACCGCCCGUGGCCACGCGUGACAGUGACCUCCACGCCCCAUCCUCCGAGCGCGGGUGUGGACGGAACUGUUUGUGUGGGCGUGUGGGAGAUUACAUGGGCGUCGAGAUGUACGAGGGACCUGCAGCUUGUACUUACCAGAACCCUCUGGACCUGAAGCGUGGCCUCCUGUCGCAUAAUCUGCAAAACAAGGCUCAGGGCCUGUCCCUCGGGAGCGGAUCUGCCAUGAUGACGACGCCGCUGAACAUCAAGAGCGAGGAGGUCAUGACCCCCGACUGGUCCGCCUGCACCUACAGGUUCCCAGGCUUGGCCAGCUGUGCCUCGGGCGGGAUGGACCCCCUGAAGGCCGUGACCAGCAUGGGCAUGGGCGUGGGCGGGCGUGGGGACGACUCCAAACUCGGCGGCUACACGUCCACGCUGCUGCCUCACCUCCGCAGCCACAGCGACGCCUCCGCCAGCGACCACGUGAGCACCACCACCUCCUCCGCCUCCAACGCCAGCAACAACACCAGCGGCGGGGGCGGAGGCGGAGGAGGAGGAGGGGGAGGCGGGGGCUCCAUGCCCUCCGCCGCCACCACGCCCGAGGGUAGGGACACGCCCCACGACCAUAAGGCCCCCGAUCAACGCAGUGAGUCCGUGAAUCGCAGUGUUUUCCCCAUGAGUCACCCGAUGGGCAAAGGUGCAUUAUGGGUGGCUCGUGUCUACAAUGGAUUUACGUGGGAUUACAACGCCGCCCGCGUCCGGAUGGCCGUAUUUUGUCUUGAACUUUAUGUUCUGGCGUGA